UCACUCAUCUGUGACAAGUGCAAAUGCAAGAAAAACCUGGCUGAAGGCGGCAGCUCAACGGGACCUCUGGACAGGACCCAGGACCAGGACUUGGGGGUGAACAAAAACCAGCUCCCAGGGUCCAGCCACCAGCAAACCAAACAGCUUGGGACCCAGAGGAGAAACCUGUAACCAGCAUGCCUUUUACAGAAAAAAAAGUCUGCAGCCGUCGCUGAGGAGGGCUCCCUGGCCCGCCCCUGUGGAAAGCAUGGCACUGUCUCGAUUAAUCCUUGUGCCUCGCCACCACCAAGGAGCCGAGCCCUCUGGACCAGCCAGUGGACUCGGAAGGGCCCCCACCCAUGGAGUUCUGCCUGGAGAGAGAGGCAGUCAAUGGCUCAAAGAAUGACUUGAAUUUCAACCCCAUGAAGGAUUACAUGGUCCUCAGCCGUCCUCAGCAGGUGGCCAUUGCCGUGCUGUGCACCCUGCUGAGCCUGCUAAGUGCCCUGGAGAACCUGACGGUGCUUUAUCUGAUUCUGUCCUCCCGCCGACUCCGCAGGAAGCCCUCAUACCUGUUCAUUGGCAGCUUGGCUAUAGCUGACUUCCUGGCCAGUGUGAUCUUCGCCUGCAACUUUAUCAAUUUCCACGUCUUCCACAGCGUGGAUUCCAAGGCCAUCUUCCUGCUGAAGAUCGGUAGUGUGACCCUGACCUUCACUGCCUCGGUGGGCAGCCUGCUGCUGACCGCCAUUGACCGCUACCUCUGUCUGCGCUACCCACCUACAUACAAAGCUCUACUCACCCGUGGGAGGGCCCUGGCAACCCUGGGCAUCAUGUGGGUCUUGUCAGCGUUGGUCUCCUACCUGCCUCUCAUGGGGUGGACCUGCUGUCCCAGUCCCUGCUCUCAGCUUAUCCCGUUGGUCCCCGACAACUAUCUCCUGGGCUGGCUCCUGCUGGUUGCCAUUCUCUUCUCUGGCAUUAUCUACACCUACGGGCACGUCCUCUGGAAGGCCUAUCAGCAUGCAGUCAACUUGGCCGAGCACCAGGACAGACAGCUGCCAGGGAUGAUCCGCAUGAGGCUGGAUGUGAGGUUGGCCAAGACCCUGGGGCUGCUGCUGGCUGUGUUGGUCAUAUGCUGGUUCCCGGUUCUGGCCCUCCUAGCCCACAGCCUGGUCGCCCCGCUGAGUGACCAGGUCAAGAAGGUCUUUGCCUUCUGCUCCUUGCUGUGCCUCGUCAACUCCAUGGUCGACCCUGUCAUCUACGCCCUGCGGAGUCGGGAGAUCCGCUCUUCGGCCCAUCAUAGCCUGGCCCGCUGGAAGGACUACCUGAGAGGCCGUGGUCCUGAAGGAAAGGAAGAAGCCCCCAAGUCCUCCGUCACAGAGACAGAGGCUGACAUGAAAAUCACCUAAGGACCCCUGUCAGAAGUCCAUUCUGCUCAGAUUGCUGAGGAGGCCUCUUCCCAUUUUUAACCCAAGUCAGAAAUCAUUUUGUUCCCUAGAUGAAUGAGAGCGGUCCUGGCCCUCUCGACCUUUGAAAACCAGCCCCAGGACUUGGAACUGACCCCUUUGUGCUGAGGAGUGCUGGGACUGGUUCCUGGAGGGUGGCCUGGCCGUGUCCACCUGCACAAGUCUGGGGCUUUGUGAAGAGUGACAAAGUGCAUCAAAGGCACAGGGCCCAGGACAGGCUCAUUUCAUGUCGGGUCAGGAAAACCUUCCCAACAAGUGGCUUAGUGCCUGCAUCCCCCCAGAGACCACAGAAGGAGGGAGCAUCUGGCUGGCUCAGAGAAAAUGCGAGGAGGACUGUGUGUCCCUGGACCUUGGGUAUCAGAUGGGAUGGCCAGCCAGGGCUUGUGUCUGACUGAUCAUGGGGCCUUCCUUUGUUCUGGAAGCAUGAAAGCCCCUCCAUCAGGUCACCCUUUCCCACUGAGGCCCAAGAAGUUGUGAGUUGAUGAGGAUCAAGGGGGUUGACCCACUUCUUGCAGAGACAAAUAACAAGACUUCAGUUCAGGGCAUCCUGUUAGGGUAAAGGCCCUCCUGAUGCCCUGUCAUCCCUGCUCAUGCCGUGAUUACCCCCAGAUCCCUGGGAGGAGAUGGGAGGUACUGGAGACACAGAUACUUCCAAAAGUCAUACUGACCCAUGACGUCCACCUGGUGGUGCUAUGGGAACAAGCAGUGUUCAGGGUAACCCAGCUGCAGGGAAAAGGAAGCUAUUCACAGGUUCUCUAAGUCCCCAGAGUGUUCUCAGUCCCCACUCAAUGCAGCCCCUUUGCCUCCACCAGACACCUGGAAUGCUCGGCAAGUGGGAGGGGGCAAGGCUGACUUUCCAGUCUAUUAACCGCAGCAAGAACUGACCCAGGCUUAGGAGGGUCUCCAGGGACCCAUAAUUUACGUGUCUGUGGGGCUGGGUUCCCAGCAGACAGGCGUCAGACAGGAGGCAAGAGGAAUUGUUGGUGGCAUGAAGGAUCGCAAAAGGAAUUCAGGCGCAGUCAUUUGGGACCACAGAUGCAAUAAAAGAAAAUAUAUUGACUAACCGUAUUUCCAUUUAAUUAUCCAAGACAACAUUUUCCCCGUCCACUCUCUGUCCCAUCCAUCUUGUGAACAAGUGCUGGGCUCCGUGCUUGGGAGAGGAAAUCCAGCCACAGAGACUCCACCCCAAGUCUCAUGGGGCUUGUGUUCCAUGUCUGCAUAAAAAGAAAGUCAGAAAAAAAAAAAAAAAACGACAGGAGGAAAUCAGCAAGGUCAUGGGACAGGGGUUGAUGAAGGCCACUUCAGGUAGGGUUGACCUACUGUGUGUACAGGCCAUGACUAUGUCCCAGGCCCUGGGGUAAGUGCGCUGAGAUGCCUCAGUUCAUUUAGUCUGCAUAAUAAUCUGACAAACAGGGCCUAGUGGCCUCCAAAAGGCAGUCACUUGUCUGAGGUCACACUGCUAACAAAUGUAAUUGUCCCUUGGGGUCCAAGGGGGAAAUCGAUUCCAGGACCUCCUCCACUCCCUACAGAUGCCGAUGUCCUUGGAUGCCCAAAGCCCUUAUAUAAGAGGGGUAUUUGCACAUAACCUGCGUGCAUUCUCCCACAUACUUCGUGCGUGUGUGUGUGUGUGCGUGUGUGGUAUUGGGGAUGGCUCAGCUUUACCACUGAGCCACAUCCUCAGCCCUUUUAUCUUUUUUUUGAGACAGGGUCUCACUAAAUUAGUGAGGUUCUUGCUUAAUUGCUGUGGCUAGCCUAGAACUUGCACUCCUCCUGUCUCAGCCUCCCAUAUCACUGGGAUUACAAGCAUGUGCCACCACAUCCGGCCAGAUAAAAUUAAAAAAAAAAAAAAAAACUUUUUAAAUUUUUUAAUCUGUGGUUUGUUAGAUUCACACGCGCGGAACCAGUGGUUAAGGACAGCUGAUUUCCCAGAGCUGGGGUUUCCAGUCUGGUUCUGUUUACUCCAAAGCCUGCCUCCUUAAACAUGACCUUCUCAGCUUAGUUCAGUCCAAUUUGUCUUGACUACUGCUCAUUAGGCCUGAUGGUGGUUUUCUUGAACACCAGACCAUUGCAACCCUAACUCAGCAUUGUUUCUUAACAUGUUCCAUUCUGUACACCUGUAUUAAUUUCCUAUAACAAAUGUCCAUGAACUAGGUGACUUUAAAAAACAGAAAUUUAUCUCCUCCCAAUUCUGGAGGUCACAAGUCCAAAAUCAGUAGGGCCAUGAUUCCUCCAGAAUUGCAAGGGGAGGAUUUUUCCUUGCCUCUUCUAACUUCCUAUGGCUCCUAGUGUCUUUAAAUUGUGGCAAUCUCUGUCUCUUGUCUUCAUAUGAUCUUUAAAAAAAAAUUUUUUUUAGUUGUU